AUGAAUGCAAAUCUAAAAAAACUGCCCGUGCCGAAAAUAAAACAAAUCGUCGUGAGCGCAGACACGGUAUCAAAGUCCCGGAAUACAUCGCGCACUCCCAGAAAAUAUUCUGUAAAUUCGUUGGAACGCGCCCACCUUCUAACAGAUCGUAGUGCUUUGUUUGUGUGUUGUUUUGAUUGUGGUAGUGGUGAAUUGAACGACAAGGCGAUAUUAAUGUUCGCGGGCGGUGGUGCCGGUUUUCAAAAGCAGUCUAAACCGCCCUGGGACAACGCGAAUUCUAACACUGAGGUGACAUCGAGUUGGUAA